AAGAGAAAGUAGCGUCACUAUCAAUCGGGGCAGCAGCAACAGCACUAAGACGGCGAGGAGGAGAGGAAAAACGGAAUAAAAUUCAAGAAACGAAUUGUUUUCAAGCCAUAAAAACAGAAUUUUUGAAUGGAAAUUAGUGCUUUUGUGUGCUAUUGUGCGGGGAAGUGACUUUAAGUGCAAUUUGAAGACUUUGUUUGGCGAACUGAAGCUUUUGUGCGGUGAAAAAGUAACUUUAUAUAAAGUGCACGGGGUUUUGUGUGUUUGGUUUUUAUUUUAAAAUUCAUUUGGCAACUUUUUAGCCAAUACAAGUUUGUGUGAGUGACACAAUUGACUACAAAAGUGUAAAAGAGUUUUAGUGAUAGUUUUUGUGCAUAAAUUUUGUUAAAGAUCAUAAGUAAAGAAAUUGGCACAGUUGCAGAGUGGGAGGAGAAGGCAGCAGCCAUCAGGACGGGCCUGAAGACAACCGUGAUGAGGAGGACGACGGACUGGGCGCCGACCAAGAAGAAGCCUCGUAAAAAGCUGACGAAAUUCCAAAGUCGUCUCAAGGCCUGGGAGGAGAAUGGAUCGAAAUUACGUCCGAAUCACUUAUUAGUCGCUGUCACCGGCCUCAACAGAGCAGAGCGACUCAAAACUUAUGCUACACCCCUAUACGUAGGACGGAGGGAAUACAACAAGAGGCAGGCGAGACGCUGCAAAAACUUUACAGGGAUCAAGAAGGAGCGAAUUAUGGCCAAUUACCCAGUCGCAAAAAAGGACUUGGUUGAGCAGGGGUGCAAGGAUGCCUUGGAGAAGACUCUGAGGAGAAGAUUAUCCCUCAUGAAGCAGAAGAUUGCUAAACCAACCUUGGUCAUGAUCACUCCACACCAAGAACUUAUGUUACAGGCCGCCGGUAACAUGAUCCCGGAAACAAAGCCAUCAAUCUACCACUACUACAGUGAAUAAUAUUUUCUAGAAUAGUUAUGAAAUAAUAAAAAUAUUUUGCACGUUUAUAACAUUGAUUAAAAAGUUCUGUAUUAAUAAAUCAGUGACAUUUGUA